AUGUCAAUUAAUGGCUAUGUUGAGGCUAUUGAUAUUGGUGAUUAUAACUCUGAUGGUAUUCAUGAUAUUACAGCAUAUAUAAUAGCAACAGGUUCAUAUUUAGAUAUUUAUACACUAUAUGGUCAAACUUCAAUUGGUUCAAUUUCAAUAAUUGGUAAAUUAUUUCUACCAAAUCCAGUGUCAAACACAAUUUAUAAAUUAUUUGAAAAUAAUAUUAAUUCAGAAGUUGGACAAUGCGCAAUUAGAAUUGUUACAUUAACAAUUGAAAAUUCAGCAAAUGAAGAUCAAUUUAUUAUUGAUCCUAGUUUCAAUAGUUCAAUAUAUUCAAUAGCAUUUAAUAAUAAUACAAGAGUUAGAAUUGAUGGUACUUGUAAUCCACUCACUGGUUGCCAAUGUAUAAAUGAUCAUUAUGGUGAUUUUUGUGAAUUAAAAGAUUGUACAGUUCCACAAUGUUUAAAUGGUGGUUCAUAUAAUACAACAGUUGAUGAAUGUUCAUGUCCUCAAGGUUAUGAAGGUACGGAUUGCAGUGGUAUUAGUUGUUCAGCUUCAUGUUUAAAUGGUGGCUCAUGUAAUACUACGGUUGGUGAAUGUUCAUGUCCUCAAGGUUAUGAAGGUAUGGAUUGCAGUGGUAUUAGUUGUCCAGUUUCAUGUUUAAAUGGUGGUUCAUGUAAUACUAUGGUUGGUGACUGUUCAUGUAUAAAUGGCUUUUAUGGUGAUGAUUGUGAUACAAAGGAUUGUACAGUUCCACAAUGUUUAAAUGGUGGUUCAUGUAAUACAACAGUUGGCGAAUGUUCAUGCACUCAAGGUUAUGAAGGUAUAGAUUGUAGUGGUAUUAGUUGUUCAGUUUCAUGUUUAAAUGGUGGUUUAUGUAAUACUACAGUUGGUCAAUGUCAAUGUGUUGAAGAUUAUGAAGGCGAUGGUUGUGGUUCUGAAAACAAAAAGAAAAUAAAUAUUGGUGUUAUUAUUGGUCGAAUUUUAGAUGGUCUUGCACUAAUUGCAAUUAUUGUUGUUGCCAUUGUUUUAAUUAAAAAGAAGAAGAAUGGAAAUUCAAAGAAAAAUACAAAUAACAUUGAAUUAAGACCUCAAAGUUCCACUGUUGAUAUUCAAAUGGGUGGUAGAAUUAAAAAUCUUGAUAAAUUUUAA